AUGGAUGAUAUAUUUUCGGAAGAUGUUGAGUGUGUUGAAUCUAUUGGCGAUGUUGCUACUUUUGACUCAAACAGUGACAUUGUCAUAGGCUUUAAAGGUGAAACUAGAUCCAAUUAUGCCGCUAGCACCCCUAAUAGGGCGAAUAGAUUAUUGGAAUUUACAGAAAUUAUAAAUUCAAUACAUUCGGAUAGAAAAGUAGAAGUCAAACAAACAGUAUCCGAUAAAACUAAACGAAAGGACUAUAAGAAAACAUCUAGUAGUGAUUACAGUGAAAAUGACGAUGAUUCCGAUUGGGAAGAAUCUGAAAAUUUGAAAAAAAAGAGGCUUAUUAUGGAUCAAAAGGCAUUUAAACAAAACCUGCAACAUGUAGACAAUUUGUUCGAAUUGGUUGAUAGAAUUGGGAGCGAAAGUGAGAAGGAAGCUGUACCGACGACUCUGUUACAAAAUUUUGUAGAUAAAAAAUGGCCCAUCAAUGUAAAAAUCGUGUUGAUGGAUCAAUUUGGUAAAGUAGUAAGGGAUCCAAAAUUGGAAAGAGUGGAACUUCAAAAGGAUGAUAUUUGUGAUGAAUUGGCUAAAAAACUUGGUAGGGAUUAUGGAUUAGACGAAUCAUUGUGGAGUCUAAUUAAGAUUAAAUUGGAUGAUGAAAUUGUGAGUAGGACUACGGUCUUUGGUGACGGCAUGUUAGAUCUCGAGGAUGGAGUUCAGAUUGACGUUGUUUUCCCACAGAAUUUCGACAAAUAA